AUGAUCGUAAAAAGUUUCUUCCAAAAACCAUUUGACGAAGUCAAGAAACUGGGGCCUGCUAUAGUCGAGUUCGACAGUGGCACAAACGAUGAGGAGCCAAAGUCGCGGGUGAUGAGAGCACACCCGACACGUGACGUACGAUCGCUCUCCAUUUUUCGCGUACUCAGACAGAAGGCAGAUUGGAAGACCGGGCUCUUCAAGGUCUUUUCAUCCAGCAAUAGCCUCACGGAAGACGAAUUCGAAAGAAGCACUGAGAAAGAUGUCCACGAAAUCGUGCUCGAAACCGACGAGCUCCUCGUCCUCGCGGGCAGCCUCUAUAUUGAACUAUCGCCGAACUCAGGGUCCCGGAUCGUUUGGCAAGGAUUUUCCGAGCGUCCAAUGUAUGACGACAUUUAUUCGCCAGCCGCUCUGCCGUUUAUGAAGAUAUAG